UGUCUUUCAGCUCCCGGACAGCACCGCCGUGGCCGCCUGUCGGGCUCAGUGCGCCGCCGUGGGGGCCGCCGUCUCUGCGCGCGCCCACCGUAGGGGGCUGGAUCUCCUGAUUGGAUCCAGCUGUUGCUAAAAGUGCUCGGUGGGGGCCGUCACAUCUGCAUUGCUAAAUGAUCUGCGCAGCCCAGCGGUCCGAGCACAAAACGGGACGGCGAAGUUGGGGUUUGUUUUGCUUUUUUUUUUUUUUUUGCUUUUUUUUUUUUUUUUUUCUCGACGGAGGAAAUUCCUGUAAGAGUUGGUCAAUGUGCCGAAGCUUCAGCUCGAUCACACAGUGGUUAAUGAAAACCUGGUUUCGACUUUCGCGUAAGGGCGCAUAGUUGGAGGGAGCCCCGCUGGGAUUCGGGUUUACGGGUCGUCUAAAUCUUUCUUUUUUAAAAGGGAGUUCACCAGGAGCCAUUAAACAAUGCCGUUGGAAACGCGCGCUCUCAGGUUUUGUUCUUCUCUAAGGCUAUGCUUCUGUCGAGCUCCAGCCAGCUGUCCUCCACUAGGCUUCACAAAACUAAAAUUCCCCAUUUGCAGGAUGUUGGCCGCUCUGGUAUUUACUCUGCUUUGCAUCCAGUCAGCACACGGACAGCCCUGCCCGUACGGCUUUGAAUAUAACAGGAAUUUAGGACAAUGUUCAGAUGUGAACGAGUGCAGCUGGCCGCAGCCGUGCCAAGGAGAGAUGCUCUGCGUCAACCGGAUCGGAGGCUACCAGUGCCUCUCCAGCGACUACUACGACCGGCCUUACAGACGGGUGAGCCCCGCUCAGCCUGAGCCGAGCUACCCGGACCCCUCCGACAGAAUCCCGGACACGUUCGCGCGGGCUCCCGCGAGAGCCGCGGAGCCGAGUUACCCCAUAGUGAGCAAUCCCGCGCUGUGCACCUUGGGGUACGCUCUGGCGGCGGACGGCACCUGCAACGACAUCGACGAAUGUGAGACAAACUCCCACCACUGUAACCCCACGCAGGUCUGCAUCAACACCGCCGGCGGCUACACCUGCUCCUGCACCGAAGGCUAUUGGCUCAUAGCCGGACAGUGUCAAGAUAUUGAUGAGUGUCGCUAUGGUUACUGCCAACAACUGUGUGCCAACGUCGCUGGCUCUUAUUCCUGCUCGUGUAAUCCCGGCUUCCUCCUUAAUCCAGACAGCCGGACCUGUCAGGAUGUGGACGAAUGUGAGGAACAACCUUGCAGUCACGGCUGUUUCAACACCUACGGCUCUUUUAUGUGCAACUGUGACGAAGGAUACGAGCUGGCGUCCGACGGCACAACCUGCAUCGACCUGGAUGAGUGCAGCUUCUCUGAGUUUCUGUGCCAGUUCAGAUGCGUGAACACCCCCGGCUCGUUCUCCUGCAUCUGCCCGCCCGGGUAUUAUUUAUACGAGGACAGCCGGAGCUGUGAAGACGUCAAUGAAUGUGACACUGGUAACAACACCUGUACAACAGAACAAGUGUGUUUCAAUUUCCAGGGAGGCUAUACAUGCCUGAAUCCUUUACAGUGUCAGCCUCCUUACAUCGCCGUUAGCGACAAUCAGUGCAUGUGUUCAGCUGAGAACCCUGCCUGCAGGGACUUGGCUUUCACCGUUCUGUACCGACACAUGGACUUGUCGUCGGGGCGCAGUGUGCCUGCCGAUAUCUUCCAGAUGCAGGCCACCACGCGCUAUCCCGGCGCCUUCUACAUCUUCCAGAUAAAGUCGGGCAACAGCGGACGGGAGUUUUACAUGAGGCAAACCAGCAACGUGAGCGCCACCCUCGUCCUGACGCGGCCCAUCAAAGGGCCGCAGGUGUUGGUGCUGGACCUGGAGAUGGUCACGGUCAACAACGUCAUCAACUUCCGAGGAAGCUCCAUCAUCAGGCUGACGAUAUACGUGUCAGAGCAUCCGUUCUGAGAACCCACACGCAGCUGCGCUCACAUGUAACUGGUGUAAUUCUUUUGUUUGAGAAUACUCUUCUUUUCUUUUCUUUUUUUUUUUUCUGUUCAAACACUUCCCGAUAAAGACUCGGACAAGAUCACUGGACGCGAAGGCAUUCCUUUUGCCGGAACGUCCUCGGGUUUCCUGGACGCUGGAUGCUUUUCCAGCUGCGGACACAGAGGAAUAUUUAUAGUCUACAAUUUCAUACGUCCUCUUCUGCGACGGCGCGGCUCAGAUUACUAAUCGAGUGUUGGUGUUUGUGCUCGGGGAUCCCGUCUCUUCACAUUGUGAAAGCGACAGUAGAUGCCGUCAUUUCAUGCCUUACCGAACGCAAGAAAAGCAGGUUAUCGGAACCAAAGAGUAAGCUACCUGUGUGUUUCCCGCCAAAGGUGGGGGAAGGAAAAAACAAAAAAAGUGUUUGAGAUUAUGUAACGAGCAGUCAUUAAUUAAAAUAUAGAUCACAGAUUCUUUUAGAACAAUAAAUGAGUUCAUCACAUCCUGGA